UCAACCCAAUUGAAAAUUUGAGAAGCCAAAAACACAAAAACACGCAAGGAGCGACAUCUCUUCGCAGGCGACAUUCGCAUUGCCGGGAAAUGCAAAUUCCGGCGAACGUUUUUUAUUUCUCCCCCUACAAGCACAAUGUUCGUGUUUCCUUCCAUUACCGUCACGUUUUCCGUGAAAAGCCCUAGCAGCAGCUGUUUCCCCCUUUUGAAGUAAAUAUUGCUUCGCAAUUCUAUUUUUAUCCUUUACUUUUGUGUUGGAGUUGAAUCAAAAGAAGUACUAGAAUUUAGAUUGCUUUUUUAGGUUUGUUCGCAUUGAAAUUUUUGUCUAGUUUUGAAGUAAAUUGUUCUCGAGUGAAAAGCCUUUUCCGAUGAGAAUCCAGCCGAUCGAUGCGAUCCGACGCGACGUCGUCAAGCCGCCGGUGCUGAAAUCUCGGCUGAAGCGGCUUUUCGACCGCCCGUUCAACAGUGUUCUGAGGAAUUCAUCAGUUGACAAGCAGACCGCUGGAGGAGAGAAGGACAGCAGCACGGCGCCGGAAUUCGAGCCGAGCUCAGUUUGUUUGGAUAAAAUGGUUCAGAAUUUCAUCGAAGACAACAACGAGAAGCAAUCGUCCGCCUCCGCCGUGAAAUGCGGCCGUCACUGCUGCAACUGCUUCAACGGCAAGAGCAACGACAGCUCCGACGACGAUUCCGAUCUCUUCUCGGACUCGUUAGCAGCGAAUUCGUCUUCCACCGAUCCCUGCGACGGUCUCAAGAGCUUGAUUCCCUGCGUGAGCGUAGAAGAGAGAAAUUUACUGGCAGACGCUUCGAGAAUGGUCGAAAAGAGCAACAAAAUUUGUAAAAGGAAUGACGAAUUGAGAAAAGUCGUCGCCGAUGACUUAAUUGCUCUUGGAUACAACGCCUCUGUUUGCAAAUCCAAAUGGGAGAAAACUUCUUCCGUUCCAGCUGGCGAGCACGAAUACAUCGAUGUGAUAACGGAAGGCGGCGAGAGGCUGAUAAUCGACGUGGAUUUCCGAUCGGAGUUUGAGAUCGCCCGAUCAACAAGCGGUUACAAGUCGAUCCUGCAGUGUCUGCCGUCGAUUUUCGUCGGAAAAUCGGAUCGGCUAUUGCAGAUCAUCGCCAUCGCAUCGGAAGCGGCCAGGCAUAGCCUGAAGAAGAAAGGAAUGCACAUCGCGCCGUGGCGCAAAGCCGAAUACGUUAAGUCUAAAUGGCUCGGCCCUCACACACGCACCACAGCCGUUCAGAAGCCUGACGACGAGGCCCGACCCGAGCCCGAGGUCAUCCGAGAUCUAGAUAGUGCGAGGGGGGAGCUGCGCCUGAUUUUCGGGGAGGAAACGUCGUCGACGGAGUCUGGUACGGAGAAACUGAGUUCGCCGGUGAUUUUCUCCGGGGAAAUUGCGCGGUCGGUGACGUGGCAGUUGCCGGAGCUGAGGCCGAAGAGUUUGGAGAGGGGAAAUAAGGUGGUAGUCACGGGAUUGGCUGCUCUCCUCAAAGAAAAACUCUGAAACAAAAAUAACGUAAAAAAGAAUAAAAAAUAAAUUUUGUUUUUUUUGGCUUGAAACUUCUCUAAUCUUUGUAUUUGAAAUAAAAUUGAACUACGUAAAUGAUCAUUAUUGAUGUGUUUUGCA